AUUAAGCAUCUCUGUUCUCUUUAAUUUCUUGUUAGCAAUGCAACUUUUUGUCAAGUCUCUUGCCGGCAACACCCUCGCUUUUGAGGUUGCCCCUACCACUUCAGUUGAAAAUGUAAAGGCCAUGAUUGCCGCUCGCGAAGGUAUUGAUGCCGAAUAUCAAUGUCUUUCUUUUGCCGGUAAGUCUCUUCAAAACUCUCAAGCUCUCGUUCUUUAUGGUGUUCAAGAUAAUUCUACUCUUCACCUUAACGCUGAACUUCUCGGUGGUGGUAAGAAGAGAAAGAAGAAGACUUACACUACCCCCAAGAAGAUUAAGCACAAGCGCACUAAGGUUAAGUUGGCUAUUCUCAAGUACUAUAAGGUUGAUGAGUCUGGUAAGAUCACUCGUCUUCGUCGUGAAUGCCCUAACGCUACCUGUGGUGCUGGUGUCUUCAUGGCUAAGCACAAAGAUCGUCAAUAUUGUGGCAAGUGUCACUUAACUUAUGUUUUCCAAAAGGAACAACAAGCUUAAGUUUUCUUUUUGUGAAGAAGAAAAAAAACAGUUGUAAUUACUAGCAAUAAAUAAAGUUAAUAUUAUGUUUACUUCAUUUUAUUUC